AUGAGUCUGUCUAAACGUGUAUUUUUUCUAGUACAGCUUUUGAAGUAUGACCCGCAGCGAUCUAUCGCAGCUAUUAUCAAGGCUGUUGUUGCUCCACGCCGACAGAACAGUACGGUCAGAGUGAUCAACACCAUUGUAGACGACAAGGCAGAAAAGUUGAGAAAGACGGGACAGCAAAAUGCCCAAAUCGAGAGCCUUAGAAAAAAGUUGAAAAACUUAGAAGAGGCGCGAGCUGCCGAAAUUAAGGACCUUAGCGAGAGGUUGACAAAGGUGGAAGAGGCACGAGCUGCAGAGAUAGGGCGUCUUCGUGAAGAGUUGAAAUUGGCGGAAGAGCAAGCUGCUUGGAUCGAAAGCAUUCCUGCAGAGUUGAAGCCGACCAAAGAGCAAUAUGAAGAGGCUAAGUCUAUGCUCAAAGACCCUGACGGCCUUCUUUACCAUUUCGCUGUUGCUGGACAUGCUGGUACUGGGAAGUCUUCUUUAAUCAAUGCUCUCCGAGGUUGUAAAGAUAAAGAUAAAGGUGCGGCCAAAGUCGGCGUUGCUGAGACAACCACGAAGAUAGGCCGACAUCCAGACACAAAUUCAGUACUCAACAAAUUUGUAUGGUAUGAUAUUCCAGGUGCUGGCACACAAGCCAAUAGAGUAGAGCAGUAUGUCAUUGAUAAAGGGCUUUUUGUUUUUGACUUUAUUAUCAUUUGUUGGAAAGACCGAAUCAUGGAGACCGAUAUGCAAAUCCUCAAUUCAUGUAAAAUAUGGAAAAUACCUACCUUCCUUGUUCGGACAAAUUCCCGGACACAUAUCAAUAACCUAAAGCAAAGUGAGGAUAUAACAGAAGAAGAAGCAACUGACAUGCUUAAAAACGAGACACGCGAAACUGUCGAAAGAAAUCUGAGAGAGGGUAAUUACAAUGAACCGAACAAGAAAGUUUAUAUCAUCGAUAGACAUAUCUUGGGCAAAAUUGUUUCAAGUUUUACAAAGAAGUUACACUCAACAGAAGAUUUUACAAAGUCCCACUCGAUAAAAAAUUACAAUAUUACAGAAGAUGACAUUCGGACAGUAGUAGAUGCAGAAGGCAUAAUAGAUGAAGUCGAUCUCUUAAAGGACCCGCUUGAAACAGCGAAAGAGCGUCGACGUUAG